GUUUACGUAUUUGCAGAAGGCAGAAUUCGAUUUCGAUUUUAUGCGUUUUACAAAACAAUUUAAAUAACAGUGUUCUUAGAAAUACAAAAUGUGUUACUGAAUUUAAUAAAUCUAGAAUCGGAGAAAGUUUAUCUUCAAAUUAAUACGAACUGCAACCGAAAAUGGCAACCGGCAGCUUGAAUCAAUAUAUUCAGUUUGUGGAACGCGUUUACAGAACGGGUCAGGGAAACAUCCUAGCCCGAUUAUUGUCUCUAAGAGACGAGCAUGUCGCAAAUAAAAACUUGCGCUCCAGUGACAUAGCUUCCCUAGUGGAAGGAAACUGUGUAGCACCUCUGGAUGAGAUUGUUGUUUGCCAUUUAUUGUGUUUAAAGGCUCUUCACAUGUAUGAUUAUAUGGAAGCGUACAACAGCCAGAGUCAUUGCGUGACAGCCGUCGUGAAGCUAUUACAGAAUCAGAAGGAAGAGAACUGGUGUCUGCCCCUCAUGUACACAGUCUGCUUGGACUUAAGACUGGUGGCACAGAAGGCAGAAGCUACAAGCCCUCAAAGCAAUGGAAAGAUAUUAGAAAAAGCUGCUGAAAGUCUUCUUGCCUGCUUCAGAGUCUGUGCAGCAGACAACAGAACUUCUGACGAUGAUACCAAACGACUUGGUAUGUUGAACCUUGUGAACCAACUACUUAAAGUAUAUUUUCGUAUAAACAAGCUGCACUUAUGCAAGCCACUCAUAAGAGCUAUAGACUCAUCGCCAUUUAAGGACCAAUUUCCCCUGGCUCAGCAAAUCACCUAUAGAUACUUUGUUGGCCGGAAAGCCAUGUUCGAUUCGGACUACAGAUCGGCAGAUGAGUUUCUGUCAUUUGCUCUUGAGAACUGCCACAGAAAAAGCAGUAAAAAUAAAAGGCUUAUACUGACAUAUCUGAUUCCUGUUAAGAUGCUUCUCGGGUUCAUGCCCUCAAAAGCACUGCUGGAAAAAUAUGAUCUACUUCAGUUUUGGGAUCUUGUUUCUGCGGUAAAGAAUGGAAAUCUAAGAGGCAUUGAUCAAGUUAUGGAGGAUCACGAAAGUUUCUUCAUCAGAGCUGGUAUAUACUUAAUUGUUGAGAAACUCAAGAUCACCGCUUAUAGAAACUUAUUCCGGAAGGUGUACCUAGCGGAAAACUCCCAUCAAAUUGAAAUAGCAAGCUUCCAAGCGGCUUUACAGAUUAUGGGGCAAGAGGAUGUUGAUUCUGAUGAGACACAGUGUAUUGUUGCGAAUUUAAUAUAUGACGGGAAAAUCAAGGGAUAUAUUUCCUAUCAACAUAAGAAGGUAGUUGUUAGUAAACAAAAUGCAUUUCCUCCACUGUCUAGUUUGUAUUAAGGCUUUAAACUUUUUUAUUUAUAUAAUCGUAUGCAGAAUAACCCAUAAGUUCUCAAUUCAAAUUCUUAAUGACCAGAUAAGAAUUAUUGUAGAAAUGUAUGUAUGUAGGGCAAAAUAAAACAAUGCUACAAAACCA